CCAUUGCACGGUAUAGAGUUCAACUGUUGGUGGGACUGUCUGUUGCACACGGCACCGAUUUCUUAUUUUGCCGGUACAACAGUUAUCAUUUUCUUCUUGCUAUAGGCGGCAGUGAUUUAGCUGAAUGCUCUUGAAGAUCCGGUCAGUACUGUGCAGCAUAUUCGAUUGAUUAAAUAACUGUAAGAAACAUGAGCGACACUGCAGGAAAGGUGAUUUCAUGCAAAGCGGCCGUUGCUUGGGAGGCCAAGAAGCCGCUUUCAAUUGAAACGGUCGAGGUGGCACCUCCGAAGGCUGGUGAGGUACGAGUGAAGAUUACGGCCUCCGGUGUGUGUCAUACGGAUGCGUAUACGUUGGAUGGUCACGAUUCGGAGGGAAUUUUCCCCGUUAUUCUUGGUCACGAAGGGGCCGGCAUUGUAGAGAGCGUCGGCGAAGGAGUUACGAAAUUCAAACCGGGAGACCAUGUGAUUCCUUUGUACAUUCCGCAAUGCUUCGAGUGCAAGUACUGCAAAAGCCCUAAAACCAACCUUUGCCCGAAGAUACGUGCAACUCAGGGAAAGGGUGUGCUGCCAGAUGGCACUACUCGAUUCACGUGCAAGGGCCAACAGGUCUACCAUUUUAUGGGAACAUCAACGUUUUCCGAGUACACCGUCGUAGCAGAGAUCUCUCUGUGCAAGAUUGAUGAGGCGGCACCGCUGGAUAAAGUUUGUCUUCUCGGAUGUGGCAUCCCUACUGGGUAUGGUGCAGCUCUCAAUACAGCUAAAGUCGAAAAGGGAAGCAGUUGUGCCAUCUGGGGAUUGGGAGCAGUUGGAUUAGCUGCAGCUAUGGGUUGCAAGGCUGCUGGAGCGACCAGAAUUAUUGGAGUGGAUAUCAAUCCUGAAAAAUUCAAACUGGGCGAGAAAUUUGGCUGCACGGAGUUCGUCAACCCUAAUGAAUAUGACAAACCCAUUCAACAGGUAUUGAUUGAAAAGACAGAUGGAGGGUUGGAUUACACCUUUGAAUGUGUUGGCAAUGUGAUGACCAUGCGUGCUGCUCUGGAAUCCUGUUCACGAGGAUGGGGUGUCUCGGUUAUCAUCGGAGUGGCCGAGUCUGGACGUGAGAUUUCUACGCGCCCCUUCCAAUUGGUCACUGGGAGAACCUGGAAGGGAACGGCUUUUGGUGGAUGGAAAAGCGUUGAAAGCGUGCCAAAGCUGGUGACCAGCUACAUGAAUAAAGAGUUGAUGGUCGAUGAGUUCAUUACUCACACCAUGCCGGUCGAAAAGAUCAAUGAAGCAUUUACGCUUAUGCAUGAGGGCAAAAGCCUCAGAUCCAUUGUAAAUUUCUAAAUUUGAACACUUUUUUGUAACACUAUAAAAAACUGAUUACACGCAAUUUUAUAACA